AUGCCCUAUGUAUAUAAGCCAUCGAUCUUGAAAAGCUUGGGCAUCCAGACGUGGGAACAAGUCCGGAUGAUGGGUGAAGGGGGACUCCGCGAAGAAAAGAGUCGCCGUCAAAAGUUGGAGGAGGAACUCAAAGCUAGACAGAAAAGGCCCGAUGAACGGCACGUCUCAUCUGAAACACCUUUCAAGGAACCAGGAGGGAAGUGCGAUGGCCCCACGCAGGGAGACAAUCAAGGUGAUGUCUCUGAAGGUGAUGUCUUUGAAGGUGGUUCCUCCAUCAAGGACGACGAUAUCUUCUCCAAGAACGACGAUGCCCUCUCGAAUUUGAGGACAGAAUCUGAGAAUCAGCAAAAGGAGAUUAGAGAGCAACGCGAGAAAGUUGAUGAGUUGCAGUCUAAAGUCAAACAUCUCGAGAAAGAAGACGACAAGAAACAAAACGGCCUGAAAAGACUUGAGGGUGACUACCACCGCCUUAAAGAACAGUCAAAGGGGCAAGCCAAGGAGAUGGAACAACUUCGAUCUACGGGCCUCAAUAAGACACAUCUGGAAGAGAUAGAAAAGCUCAAUUCUUUGUUGACGUCCUCCAUGGAAGAGAUCAAGAGCUUGAAAUCUUCCUCCCUCCAUCAAUCACCAGCUGGUGUGAGUCCAGUCGCCACGACAAGUGGUGAGGCUCUUGAAUCCGUUGAGGAUGUCUCUAGCAAUGGGUCUAAGCCAUCUACCACUCGAACCAGCCACAUCAAGACGGAAACACCUACUGCUGAGCCUCUGAGUAUCCCAUGUGGUCUAUACGGGACUACCAAUUCUGGGUCGAGCAGUCCUCUCGAUGGGCGACAAGCAUCGCUUAAACGCAAGGCCUCCGUUCAAGCAUCCCCAAUUCCCACACCAACACGAAGUUUUACCGUUGGUGGUGCACUCAGGUCCUACACGCCCAGGACGCCCUCCAAUCUUUCAUCCUCAUUCAAGGACCGUACCUACGGCCAAACUGAUCCAAGACGGAAAGAGCACAAAGGCAGGCAGCCGGUGAUCAAGAAGGAAACGCCGGAGAAGUACCAGAAAUAA